UGCCACCAGAUGGCGGCUUAGGAUUGCUGCUCUUCUGAAAGGCGCGGUCCCAUUUCUCGGUCCAAAUUUCAAUUAAAAAAUCUUUAAACUAAAAAUAAUAUUUUGCAGUUUUAACUCCAAAGUCGAUAAUCAAUACAACAAUGACCGACAACGUGUAUGGGACGAGCCUGUGUUGAAGGGGAAGGCGGCAGUUCAGCGUCGGUGUAGCCCUCAGCGCUGAGAGGCGGGAGAGAAACCUCACCUCUGCGGGGGGCUCGUCUGGACUAACGGAGGCCCCUCCACCACCGCCAGCCACUCCACCACCGGCGCGCCGCUCCCGCACCCCCGGUGAGAGAGACUCCACUCUCCCCCACCCCAGGCAUCAUGAUCACCUCCGAGCUCCCAGUCCUCCAGCUUUGCAGGGACCCCUCUAACGAGUCGGGCCAGGCGGAGACCGUGAGCCUGAGCAUGAGUGUGAGCGAGCUGGAUGACCCUGAGGUCAAGGGCAAGAAGAAGAGGGGCAGGCCGGGCAGGCCUCCAGCCAAUAAGAAACCUCGGAAGUCGCCCAUAGACAAGGGGCAGAUGGGGCCGCCACGCGGCAGGAAGGCUAACGGGAUGGCCCAGCACAACGGGGACGGGGACCCCGUCACGCUGUUCGAGGUGGUCAAGCUGGGAAAGAGUGCCAUGCAGUCCGUCGUCGAUGACUGGAUUGAAUCUUACAAGCAAGACAGAGAUCUCGCUCUCCUAGACCUGAUUAAUUUCUUCAUACAGUGUUCGGGAUGUAAAGGAACUGUACGAAUUGAGAUGUUCCGUAACAUGCAGAAUGCUGAGAUCAUCCGCAAAAUGACAGAAGAAUUUGAUGAGGACAGUGGCGACUACCCCCUCACAAUGCCUGGUCCUCUGUGGAAAAAGUUCCGCUACAACUUCUGCGAGUUCAUCGGGGUUCUGAUCCGGCAGUGCCAGUACAGCAUCAUCUACGACGAGUACAUGAUGGACACGGUCAUCUCGCUGCUCACCGGCCUGUCGGACUCACAGGUCCGAGCCUUCAGGCACACCAGCACGUUGGCAGCCAUGAAGCUGAUGACGGCGCUGGUGAACGUGGCGCUGAACCUUAGCAUCCACCAGGACAACACGCAGAGGCAGUACGAGGCCGAGCGCAACAAGAUGGCGGGAAAGCGCGCCAACGAGAAACUGGAGCUGCUGCUGCAGAAGAGGAAGGAGCUUCAGGAAAACCAGGACGAAAUUGAGAACAUGAUGAACUCCAUCUUCAAGGGCAUUUUUGUUCAUCGCUAUAGGGAUGCAAUCGCUGAAAUUCGAGCCAUUUGUAUUGAGGAGAUUGGUGUUUGGAUGAAGAUGUACAGUGAUGCCUUCCUUAAUGACAGCUACCUGAAAUACGUGGGAUGGACAUUACAUGAUCGGCAAGGAGAAGUGCGGUUGAAAUGUUUGAAGGCCCUUCAGAACCUGUACACGAAUCGGGAACUCUUUCCUAAACUGGAACUCUUCACAAACAGGUUCAAGGAUCGUAUUGUGUCCAUGACGCUGGAUAAAGAGUACGAUGUGGCGGUGGAGGCCAUUCGAUUGGUCACUCUAAUUCUACAGGGGAGUGAGGACGCCCUGUCCAACGAGGACUGUGAGAACGUUUACCACCUGGUCUACUCGGCCCACCGGCCCGUGGCUGUGGCCGCGGGGGAGUUCCUCCACCGCAAGCUCUUUAGCAGGCACGACCCACAGGCGGAGGAGGCCCUGGCCAAGCGGCGUGGACGCAGCAGCCCCAACGGGAACCUCAUUAGGAUGCUGGUGCUCUUCUUCCUGGAGAGCGAGCUGCACGAGCACGCGGCCUACCUGGUGGACAGCCUGUGGGAGAGCUCGCAGGAGCUGCUUAAGGACUGGGAGUGCAUGACUGAACUGCUACUGGAGGAACCCGUGCAGGGAGAGGAGGUGCUGUCUGACAGGCAGGAGAGCGCUCUGAUCGAGCUGACAGUCUGCACCAUCCGGCAGGCGGCGGAGGCCCACCCGCCCGUGGGGAGAGGCACAGGGAAAAGGGUGCUGACGGCUAAGGAGAGGAAGACUCAGAUCGACGACAAAAACAAGCUGACGGAGCACUUUAUCAUGGCUCUGCCCAUGCUACUCUCCAAGUACCAAACUGAUGCAGAGAAGGUAGCCAACCUCCUGCAGAUCCCGCAGUUCUUUGACCUGGAUGUCUACAGUGCUGGGCGCAUGGAGAAGCACCUGGACGCCCUGCUGAAGCAGACGAAGUUUGUGGUGGAGAAGCACACGGAGACAGACGUGCUGGAGGCCUGCAGUAAGACCUACAGCAUCCUGUGCAGCGAGGAGUACACCAUCAUGAACCGUGUGGACAUCGCACGCAGCCAGCUCAUCGAUGAGAUGGCCGACCGCUUCAGCCACUCCGUAGAGGACCUGCUGCAAGAGGGGGAGGAGGCAGAUGAUGACGACAUCUACAAUGUGCUCUCCACACUGAAAAGACUCACAGCCUUUCACAAUGCUCAUGACUUGACCAGAUGGGAUCUGUUUGGGAACUGCUACAGAUUGCUGAAGACAGGCAUCGAACAGGGCUCCAUGCCAGAACAGAUUGCUGUGCAGGCUCUGCAGUGCUCUCAUUACUCCAUCCUCUGGCAGCUGGUGAAGAUCACAGAUGGCUCUCCUUCUAAGGAUGACCUGGUUGUCUUGAGGAGGGUGUGCAAGUCCUUCCUGGCUGUGUGUCAGCAGUGCUUGUCCAAUGUCAACACUCCAGUCCGGGAGCAGGCGUUCAUGCUGCUGUGUGACCUGCUGAUGAUCUUCAGCCACCAGCUGACCACGGGCAGCCGAGAGGCGCUCCAGCCGCUUGUCUUCAACCCUGACAGCAACCUGCAGAACGAGCUGCUCAACUUUGUGCUGGACCACGUCUUUAUUGACCAGGACGACGAGAACCAGAGCAUGGAGGGCGAUGAGGAGGAUGAAGCCAAUAAGAUUGAGGCCUUACACAAGAGGAGGAACCUGCUGGCUGCUUUCAGCAAGCUCAUCAUCUACGACAUAGUGGACAUGCCCGCAGCAGCCGACAUCUUCAAACAUUACAUGAAGUAUUACAAUGACUACGGCGACAUCAUCAAGGAGACUCUGAGCAAGACCAGGCAGACGGAUAAGAUCCAGUGUGCAAAGACCCUCAUCCUCAGCUUGCAGCAGCUCUUUAAUGAGCUCCUGCAGGACCAGGGCCCCAACCUGGACCGCACUUCCUCCCACGUUAGCGGCAUCAAAGAGCUGGCCCGCCGCUUCGCCCUGACCUUUGGCCUGGACCAGAUCAAGACCCGCGAGGCCGUGGCCACGCUGCACAAGGAUGGAAUAGAGUUUGCCUUCAAGUACCAGAAUCCCAAAGGGCCCGAGUACCCCCCUACUAACCUGGCUUUCCUGGAGGUGCUGAGUGAAUUCUCCUCCAAGCUGCUUCGACAAGACAAGAAGACAGUACAUGCGUACCUGGAGAAGUUCCUGACUGAGCAGAUGAUGGAGAGGCGGGAGGACGUGUGGCUGCCACUCAUCUCCUACCGCAACUCGCUGCUGACGGGCGGAGACGAGGACCGCAUGUCCGUCACCAGCGGGAGCAGCAGCAGCAAGGCCGGCUCCAUACGCAGCAAGAAGGGCCGCCCGCCGCUCCACAAGAAGCGCAUCGAGGAGGAGAGCAUGGAGGGCUCGUGGAUGAUGCGCAACGACACGCUCCAGACACCGGGGGCGCUGCAGACGCCCCAGCUCACCUCCACCGUGCUGAGGGAGAACCCAAGGCAGGCCGCCGAGCACUUGCCCGACCAGGACUCCGAGCCCGGCUCCGAAUCGGACUUCGUCCACAAUCCUCAGAUGCAGAUAUCGUGGCUGGGCCAGCAGAAGUUGGAGGAGGUGAGCAGGAAGGACCGAACGGCCAUGAACUACAUGAAGGCCCGCAGUGGGGGAGUCCGGCAGACAGUGCGCGGGCUCAUGGAGGAUGACGCGGAGCCCAUUUUCGAGGACGUCAUGAUGUCAUCGCGUGGGCAGCUGGAGGACAUGAACGAGGAGUUUGAGGACACUAUGGUCAUUGACUUGCCUCCAUCAAGGAACAGACGUGAACGAGCAGAGUUGAGACCAGACUUCUUUGACUCAGCAGCUAUGAUUGAGGAUGAAUCAGGUUUCACAAUGCCCAUGUUCUGAAGUGCCACAUAUGGAGAUGAGGAGAAGAUGAAACCCCUUUGGAGUCCCCGGGGACCGCAGACUUGUCAAAAACGCAGAUGGUGCCUGUUUAUCUAGUGAGGAGGAGGCGGCGGAGGGCAAGAGACUGGUGUGGUGCCAAGAUGUUACUGUUUCAGAGUGAUGGUGCCUCCUUUCCUAUGAACACUAUACCGGAGAAGUAUUAUUGUUAAAGAGGGGAUUUCAAACUAUGUGACUGAAGAGCUAUGAAGAUCUGAAAAGAAAGGGGGUGGGGUGGAGGGGGUGUUAUCUGGAAGUCACUUUGACAUCCUACCAGGCUGCAUCAUCACCCGCUCAGCUAUAAGGUGAUUCACACUGGAUUGGGUUUACAUUGUGGUACGCUUUUAUCUCGUAGGAAUGUACGGUCCCACAUUUUAAAGAUGUACAUAUUUAUGUUUUAGCUCCUCACUGUGUAGGCACACUGGACAGUUAACUGUGGUGUGGUUUUCUAUCAGGUCACAAGCUGUCCAUGGCUCUUCAUGGAACUGAAUCUAAUGGGAACUCUUUCUUGGCCAUUCUCUCCAUUUUCUUUGACCAUAUGCGCCAGAGAGGCAACACAGCUGUUUUCAGACCACCACGGAGGUCUGCAGAUAACCGACAUGGGUAGCUUUUGCAUAGGCAUUCACAGAACUGGCCAACAUCAGUCAGUGACCAGAAUGGGCUGUCAGUACAGGAGAGUCCUCCUGGAUAGAUUCAUACUGAACACUCAGGCCUUCGAUUAAAGCCUGAGGACAACCAGAUGCCACCGCAAAUCAUGUAUUUUGGCUUUUUAAAACCUUAUAGAAAAAAAAAACAAACAAACACGAUGCCUAAAAACAAUAUUUUCAAUUGGUAGCUUUUAGUAUGAAUUUCUGAAUUUUAGUGAGUUUUGUCAGAUGUUUGUACAGGUCUGUUUGGAUGUAUAUUGUUGCCAAAUUGUGGACAACAUUCACUUCAUACCCAUAUCAAAACAGGACUGGAUUACUGAAAAAAAAAAAAGCUAAAAAAAAAAAAACAAUGUAUUGUUGGAGACUUAAGAACUGGAAUUUAAAAAUGAAAGGCUACAAUAAUUAAAGCAUGGAUGAAGCUCAUCAGUUGCCACAUUGUCGAAGUGCUUUAUGGUCCUGUAUUUAAAAAAAAAAAAAAAAAAUCCUGUCUGUGUCAUAUCAUACCGCCCAAGUUUUCAUGUCAACCUCCUUUUUUCUAUCCCUUGUGCUCCCUGAUUGGUUUUGCUAGUAACCCUGUAAAUUGUACAUUUUCAAUAUAAAAAAGUGUGUUUCUUUUGUACAACUUAGAGCUGAUGUAUCACUUUCCCUUUUAAUGGAAACUGUUCUGAUUUUUUUCUGUGGACUAAUGAAAAGUCACUUUUUUAAUAAAAACAUGUAAUCAA